CUCACUCGUUUUAGCUUAUUUCCAGUCGCUAAGGCUUCUCAGAAUCGUCUGCAGCCGGGACGCAAAACGCUCAAUGUGUCCCACCGCUCUGGACAAUCUAGACAAGGACGUAUUUUAAAUCGAACAUUCCAAUAUGGACAUUGACAACAUGGUGCAAAACAGUGCUCUUGUUAGAGCCAGAGAAGGUGGAGGAAGCAAAGGCAGGAGCUGGAAAUGGAGAGAAUUGCUACGCUUUCCCCACAUUAGCGAGUGUAGGGAGCUGGCCAAGACCAUAGAACGAGACUACUAUGAUCUAUGUGUCAAGCAGCCUAUUGGCAAAAAAAUGUUUCAGCUCUACUGUGUGAAUCGGCCCGACCUGCACGACCACAUGUUGCUCAUGAAUGCUCUGGAAACCUUCGAAACAAAGACAGACAAGGAAAGGAAAAGCUUUGGACUCAGCAUCAUCCAGAGAUUCAUCCAAAGUCAGUCCAGGCAGUGUGUGCCCUCCGUAGCAAAGUACGAACAAAGCUGCAUCAAGAGUUUGGAGCUUGAUCCCUGUGACGAUGUCUUUCACAAUUGCAAAGAAGUUCUGCAUGAAUACCUGAGCCAAGAGCCCUUCACGCAGUACCAGUUCAGCAUGCAGUUUGACCGCUUUCUACAGUGGAAGCAGCUGGAGAGGCGGCCUGUCACCAAACACACAUUCAGAGAGUACAGGCUUCUGGGGAAAGGAGGCUUUGGAGAGGUUUGGGCUUGUCAGGUGCGAGCCACAGGUAUGAUGUAUGCCUGUAAAAAGCUUGAAAAGACUCAUGUAAAGAAAUGGCAGGGAGAGCACAUGGCGCUCAACGAAAAGGAGCUACUGGAGGAGGUGGACAGUCGAUUUGUGGUGAAUCUUGCAUAUGCUUAUGAGACCAAACAUAGUCUGUGCAUGGUUUUAACCAUGAUGAGUGGUGGGGACCUGAGGUUUCACAUCCACAAUAUGGGAAAGCCUGGCUUAGACAUGGAUAGAGUGUAUUUCUAUGCUGCAGAAGUCUGCUGUGGUUUAAUUCAUCUCCACCAGAAGUCAAUAAUUUACAGAGAUCUUAAACCUGAAAACAUUCUCCUGGAUGACAACGGACACAUCCGCAUCUCUGACCUGGGCUUGGCUGUGAAGCUGGAUGAAGGGUGUCUGGUGCAGGGCAGGGUCGGCACAUUAUACUAUAUGGCUCCUGAGGUGAUCAGCAAAGAGAAUUACGACACAAGUCCUGACUGGUGGGGCCUUGGCUGUCUGAUUUAUGAAAUGAUUGAGGGCCAGUCUCCGUUCAGGGGCCAAGGAGAGCGCCCUAAAUCCUCUGAAAUGGAAAAAAGGAUCAAAUCAAAAAAGCUGGAAUAUAGUGACAAGUUCAGCAAGGAGGCCAUCGACAUCUGCAAUGCAUUGCUGAAGAGGAAUCCAAAACGCAGACUGGGUUGCCGAGGCUCUGGAGGGAAAGAAGUGAAGUCUCACCCCUUCUUUCGAAAGAUCAACUUCCGGAUGCUGGAAGCAGGACGGGUGGAGGCUCCUUUUAAACCAGAUCCCAGACUGGUGUACUGCAACGAUGUGCAGGAUAUUGAUGAGUUCUCGACGCUGAAGGGAGUCACUCUGAACCAGACCGACGGCGAGUUCUACGCCAAAUUCAACACGGGAAGCGUUCUGAGGAGUUGGCAAAAUGAGCUCAUAGAUACGGGAUGUUUCGAAGAACUGAAUGUUUUUGGUCCAAUGGGAUCUCGACCUCCAGACUUGGACUGGUCCCUGGCCCCUAACAGCCCCAAACGUGGCUUGAUGCGUCGAAUGUUCCGCAGACAUGAUAAAGCACAGCCCGAUUCUUAAAAGUGUGAACGGGUAUUGUGGCGUCAAACAUUUGAUUUAAUCUUUUCCUCCAACAGCACCCCUCAGAUGGUAAACAGAGCCAGCCAUCAAAUGAGGGGUAAAGGACAACCCCAGCCCAGAAACCAAAGCAAAGCCCCUCAAGCCCUAAAGCAGUUUGUGUCUGUACAGCCGCAGCACAGUAGCACUUGUUAUAAAAUGCCAAAAAAAGGUGAAUCUUUAAAUAAAGUUUUUUUAAUCUA